AUGGAUACAUCUUAUACAAAUUAUGGAUAUGAUCCAACAGCUUAUGGUUAUGGUGAAACAUUUCAAACUGGUUAUAGAAUUGGGGCACCUGUAGAACCAAUAGUCCCAAGUCCUCUAGAUCAUGAAAUACUUAUUGUUAAGGGAGAAAUUCAACAUGAAAUUAAUAUUAUCGAUCAAAGUGGAGACUAUGGCUUGCAGUUUAAAAAUGGUAGAAGGCUUUUAGUCAGUGAAUUAGAUAAAUUAACCAAUUGUAUAGAACCGGAUUGGUUAGAAGUUGAUAUUGAAAAACCAAUUAAAGUUAUUAAAAAAAUACUUGUACCAACUUUUCGGCAUCCACAAUUUAAUUAUGUGGGUAAACUUAUGGGACCAAAGGGAACUACUUUACAAGCAUUAGCUAAAAAAUUUCGUUGUCACGUUUAUGUAUUAGGUAAAGGAAGUACUAAAGAUCGUGAUAAAGAACAAUCACUUUAUAAUUCUGGUGACCCUCAGUAUGCUCAUUAUGGAGGGCCAUUACAUGUAAAAGUUGAAACAACAGCACCACCAGCUAUUGCUUAUGAUCGUGUUACGGGGGUUAUAAAAGUUUUGACAGAGUUAAUGAAACCAAUUAAAGAAGCUGACUUAGAAAAAUUACUCGGUAUUCCAAAUGUUGACCCAGAAAAAUUAAAAAAUCAAGAAGAAGAAAAUGUGGCAAUGGUUGCUACUAAUUAUCUUGCUCAAAACAAUUCAUCUACUAUUGAUACAAAUAUUGGACAAAAUGACAAAGAUCCUCAAUAUCAAUCUCAUCAUAUACCUAAUCAACAACCAAUGAUACCACCUCCUCCACAAAUACAGAAUAGUAGUGAUUUGAUGUCUUCUAAGAAGGAUGUUAAUUUUGCUGAAGAUUAUUAUAAUAAUGAUGAAAAAAACGAUAUGCCGAUGCAAAAUGGUGAGGGGACCAAUGAACAUCAACAGGGUCAACAACAGCUACAAGGAACAGGUGGGUCUAACAAAAAGAAUAACAAUGGCCAUGGAAAUCAAGGACGGAAACGUCAUGCUCCCCAAGGUAAAGGUGGAAAUGCAAAAAAACAAAAAGGUAGUAAUGAAAAUAAUACUCAAGAUAGAUCUUCAUCCCAAACAAGAGGUCAUAUGGGAAAUCAGAGAGGUAACAUGGGUGGUAUGAGAGGUGGUCGUGGGGGUAUGAGAUUACCUUAUCAAGGGCAGUCAAAUAAUUGGCAAGGAAUUCAUCCAUCACCACUAUUAGGUCAUGGGGCUGCAUUUAAUGGAAACAAAAAUAACUCAUAUGGAACAGGAGGAGGUAGACGCGGACCAGGUUAA